AUGUAUUUGAUAUUAUUUGUGAUACUAGUAGUAUAUGUUCCAUACAAACUCAUAACAACGGUAUGGCCACAUCAUUUAUUAAUUCCUAGUCAAAACUGGAGGGAGAAAAUAUCACACGUUGUUAAAUACCCUAAACCAAUUUAUUUGAAAGUUGGAACUAAACGAUCAAGUUAUCGUCGUAGAUUGAUUUUAGCUAGUGAGAAUCCUGCCUUUUAUACCAAUUUUGUAAAUAAUAAAUUGAAAAUAGAUCCCAAUGAUUGCAAGAAUGGAGAUGAAUUUCUUAAUGAAAUGAGUAGAAGGGAUAUUGACGAUCCACAACGUCGUAUAAUUUAUGGAUUUUUCCAUCCAUAUGCUAAUAAUGGUGGUGGUGGAGAAAGAGUAUUAUGGCAGGCUGUUAAGGCAACAUUAUUGGCUGAUGAUAGGAAUAUUUGUGCCAUAUACACCACUAACAUUGAAGCAGAACCAUUAGCUAUUUUGAACAAAGCAGAAACCAAAUUUCAAAUUGAUGGAUUAGAUCGUUCAAGAGUUGUUUUCAUUUAUUUAAGAAGGUUUAACAAUUUGAUAGAUGGGAACUAUUGGAAACAUUUUACAUUAAUUGGACAAUUAUUUGGAGGGAUAGUAUUAAGUCUUGAAGCCAUGUAUGAAUUGUCUCCAGAUAUAUGGAUUGAUACCAUGGGUUUACCAAGUAGUUAUUUGCUUGUUUCGCUUUCUUUGAAAAUACCAAUUCUUGCAUACACUCAUUUCCCAAUAUUACAAGAAGAUAUGUUUGGUAAAUUGAAAUUCCAGAAACUAAAAGAUUUGACAAAGUUUAAUUUUAUUAAAUUUAGUGAUUAUUUUUCAUUAGGGAAAUUUUUUUAUUGGUCGGUAUUAUACUAUUUUUAUGUUUACUUAGGUUCCAAAAUUGAUAUUGCUUUAGCAAAUGGAAGUUGGACAUUUAAUCAUUUAUCCAAAAUUUGGGUUUUUAAUACUGCUUUUGGUAAUGUUUUGGAUGUAUUAUAUCCUCCAUGUGGCACCGAAUUUUUAAUCAAAGAAGCUAAUUUAAACAAACCCAGAUCUAACAAAUUGUUGUAUUUGGCUCAAUUCCGUCCUGAAAAACGUCAUGAUUUAUUGUUGAAAGAAUAUUCCAGUUUUUUGUCGAAUAAUUUCCCCAAUGUGACAGAAGUCCCCAGUGCAAUUCCAACUUUAGUAUUUGCCGGAUCAUGUCGAACUGCUGAUGAUACUGCAACUUUGAAAUCUUUGCAGGAACAAGUUGCCAAAUUAGACUUGUUACGAUUUGUCGAAUUUAGAAUAGAUAUAUCUUAUGAUGAAGUGGUUGAAUUAUUAUCCACUUGCAAAUUUGGUCUUAAUGCAAUGUGGAACGAACAUUUUGGUAUUGGAGUGGUCGAAUAUAUGGCAAGAGGAUGUAUCCCCAUAGUUCAUGCUUCAGCUGGUCCAUUAUUAGAUAUGAUAGGAAGAAAUGAUCAAGAAGAAGAAAGUUUAACCAAUUGGAAAACUGAAGCUGGAUUUUUCUUUAAAAGUUAUGAUGAUCCAGAUCUCGAUCCAAAAUUUCAAGAAAAUACUGAAACAGGUUACAUUACUUUUGAAUUAUUUGACACACUUAUUCAAUAUCCUACAUUUGAGACAUUAUUAAAAGAAUUAUAUGUCAAUGACCCUGCUCUUAUUGAAGAUUCAAAGUUAAUUAAAAUGAGACAAAUAGAUCAAACUCGAGUCGCAGAAAAGUUUUCAAACAAAGCUUUCAAUAAGAAAUGGAUUGAAUACAUCAAUGAUUUGAAUUCUUUAGAAAAGCAAUACAGAGAAGAGAAAAGAACUAAAGUGGAAAAAGUGUAUUGA